GUGUGUGUGUUAGUGUAUUUUUUUUGUGUGUGUGUGUGUGUUUUUGCUGAUCAAUUUAGGAGUCCGACCCCCCCUGCUGCGCUCGCACUGCAGCACUCUCUCUGCAGAUGUGUGUGAGAUCUUGGCCACGCCCCUUCUCGGUCUGGUGGGUGGGUGAGUGGAUGGUGGCACUACUUGAGCCGGCGGAAGCAUAUAUACACGCGGAUGGAUGCAACUGGGUUUGGAGUAGGGUUUUUUUUUUUUUUUUUCCCCCAAUCGUGGUGACAUGGUACGACAAUGAACGUCAGGAGUCAGGACAGAUAAAGUGUCUGGAUAAUAGCAGCGUCAGAGACCUGCGGGGGUCUCACAAAAAAACGCUGCUCGGGUGGGCAGCAUCGCACGCGAGGAGAGGAGAGGCAGAGAGGAAAAGAGAGAGAGAUGAAAGUUCACCAGCUAAAGGCGGCAAAGUGAGUCUUGACAACUUUUACGCACGGACGCUUGCCUUUCUUACGCACCCAACCGCCCAGGACAAGGGAGUUUUUUGCAAGUGAUGUCAAGCUUCUUCUUCAGAUUUUCUUUUUUUGAAUUGGUCAAUGGCUGAAAACUUUGUAAGAAAUCCUAGGGGAGACUGAUGGGGGAAUUACUCGCAUAGACUUCCAGUUAAGAAAAUCGAAAGUGCCGAAGAAAAAGCAAAAGUCAUGCCCCGACCAGGCAAGAACUCGUACAGUGACCAGAAGCCUCCGUAUUCCUACAUUUCCCUGACUGCCAUGGCCAUCCAGAAUUCCCAAGAGAAGAUGCUCCCUCUGAGCGACAUCUACAAGUUCAUCAUGGACCGCUUCCCUUACUACAGAGACAACACCCAGCGCUGGCAGAACUCCCUCCGCCACAACCUCUCCUUCAACGACUGCUUCAUCAAGAUCCCCCGGCGGCCCGACCAGCCGGGCAAAGGCAGCUUUUGGGCUCUGCACCCGGACUGCGGGGACAUGUUCGAGAACGGGAGCUUCCUGAGGAGACGGAAGCGCUUCAAGGUGCUCCGCGCCGAGCACAUUGCUUGCAAAAGUUCCUCCAUGAUGCACUACUUCCACCACCACCACCACCACCAACACCACCUCCAGGCGGCGGGGAAGCCGGGCGCUGCGGCACCCGGGCAUCCGGAGCCCUCGCUGGGCCAGGUGAGCGCCGUGGGCCGCCUGCCUCCUCACUUCCAAAGCUACGGGGGCAUCGCUUGCUCCCAGCCGGGCGGCUUUAAGCACCCGUUCGCCAUCGAGAACAUCAUCAGCCGGGACUACAAGGGCGUGAUGGCGAGUGGGCUCCCACUCACCUCGGUCAUGCACCACCUGGGUUACCCGGUGCCCCCGCAGCUGGUGACUUCCAUGUGGCCCCACGUCGGGAUGCUGGCAGAGUCCGUAGGCGCUCCGUCUCCAGAAUAUUCGCCCUUCGGCGUCCCGACCAAGAGUCUGUACCACCACAGUGCCACCGGGCCCACGCUGCCCGCCGUGCCGGUGCCCAUAAAGCCCACCCCGUCUCUGGGUCCGGUGCACGGCUUGAGUGGGAUGCAGCCCGGUCCGGCGCAUCUGUGCACCCCAGCCUCCUCCUCCUCCUCCUCCUCGGCGAUAGAGAAAGGCGAUGCGAUGGAGGGGAAAGGCAGCCUCCUCCACCCCGCGGCCCUGCUGCUGUCUUAAUGUGGACUCCGAAGCAGCCUUAAAAAAAAAGGAGGAAAGU